CUCCAGGUUUUGUCAAGCUAUGGCUUACAGACAACUACUUUGAUAAGUAAAACUGAUGGCACUGAUGGCAAGGCUGAACACCUAGAGUAUAUCGCCUUUGCAUUGGUUCCUGUUUUCUUCAUCAUGGGUCUCUUGGGGAUCCUCAUCUGUCAUGUCCUUAAAAAAAAAGGAUAUCGUUGUACAACAGAAGCUGAACAAGUAGAAGAAGAAAAUCUUGAUGAAAAAAUAGAAAUGAAUGAAACUCUACAUGAGAACAGUGACACAGUGGGACAAAUUGUCAACUACAUUAUGAAAAAUGAAGCAAAUGCUGAUGUGUUAAAGGCCAUGGUAGCAGAUAGCAGUGUCUUCGAACCUGAAAGCCCUUUAUCUCCUGCCUCUCCUGGGAGUCCAGUGAGUCCAGGGUCUCCUUUGUCACCUGGUGCUAUUCCAUUUAAACACAGCUGCAAAGGCCAUCACUUCCAUACUGUUGGAGGAGUAGUAGAAAAGGAUGUUUGUACUCGUUGUAGCCACAAACGAUGGCACCUUAUAAAGCCAGCUCACAAAUCUAAAGAACACAGAAGAAGUCGUCUUGGAGAAGUUACAGUCCUUUCUGUGGGAAGAUUUAGAGUCACAAAAGUGGAGCACAAAUCAAAUUCCAAAGAACGGAAAAGCUUGAUGUCCGUUAGUGGUGUGGAGAGUGUCAAUGGUGAUAUGCCUGCCACGCCUGCCAAACAGGAGACGAGCGAAGCACCUGCCACGCCUGUGAAACAGGAGGUGCAAGAGAGGAGAAGCUCAGAGUAA